AUGGAAUAUCUUACGUGGCUACUUCAACUAGGGGCUCAGCAAAAAGAUUUCAGAUAUCACCCUAUGUGUAAAAGCCUUAAGAUUAUUAAUCUCUGCUUUAUUGAUGACCUAGUGAUCUUUUGCAAAGCAAACAGUGGCUCAGCCCAGGUGGUUAAGCAGGUUUUUGAGGAUUUCUGUAGUAGUACAGGUCUGAAGGCAAAUAUCAAUAAAUCUCAGAUAUUUUUUGGAGGUGUUUCGGCUGCUAUUAAGGACCAGAUACUUCAGAUUUUACAGCUUGAAGAAGGAACCUUUCCUCUUAAGUAUUUGGGGAUUCCUAUGAGGCCAACAAAAUGGAAAAUGACAGAUUGUGAAGAGAUUCUAAAAAAAAUUAAACUCAGACUUCACACAUGGGCUAGCAGACAUCUAUCAUAUGCAGGGUUGAUUCAACUCAUCACAUCUGUUCUAUUGGGAUUGCGAAACUACUGGAUGAACAUCUUCUUGCUCCCUCAAAGCAUUGUCAAAGAGGUAGAUAAGCUUUGCUUAUGGUUUUUGUGGGGCAACAAUGGUACCAGGAGUAAAUUUCAUCUCACCCCUUGGUCCACUGUUUGUUUGCCGAAAAGAUUUGGAGUUUUGCGUUUCGGUGAAGGAACUAAGUGGAAUAAGGCAAUGCUAGCCAAAUAUAUCUGGGCUAUUAGUCAUCAACCAGAGACCCUUUGGGUGAAAUGGACUAACACGGUGUACUUAAAAGGUCAAAAUUUCUGGCAAUACCAACUUAAGGCGGAUUCAAGUUGGUAUUGGCAGAAAAUUUGUCAUAUGCGUGAUACGGUUUUUCAAAGGGAUAUUGAUGAAGCUAGUAGUCAAGGGAGAUUUAAAAUUAGUUUACUUUAUAUGAGAUUUAUACAUCAAGAUUCAGUUAAGUACCAUCCCUUUGUUUGGAAUAGGAUGAGUGUGCCAAAGCAUCGAUUUAUUACUUGGCAAGCGGUGAAUGAGAAGUUGUUAACCCAUGAUCAUUUGCAUAGAGUGCUCAUGCUUCUUGAUUGUCUACUCUGCCCAGUUUAUGAGUUAGCUGCAAAAAACCAUGAGCAUUUAUUCUUUGACUGCAAUUUCUCUCAACAGGUUGUGCAGCAGGUCCAAAAGAGGCUGGGAUGUAAUUGGCCUUUAAACUUCAAUGAAUGGACCAGGUGGAUUGAAGAUAUGAGAGGAGAUCUUAAAACAGCGCUUGUAGCGGCUGUCUUCUCAGCAACAAUCUAUUACAUUUGGUAUAAUCGUAACACUUGUGUUGUCAAUCACUUCUCUCAUAGAGUCAAUUGUAUAGUUGAUAUGAUCAAAAAAGAUAUUAGCUAUAGAAGUAGGUGCUUUUUACAAAAGAAAAUGUCAGGAACAGAGAGGACUUUUGUGAGGAAUUUAUCUUCUUUGUAA